GCUUAUAAAGCAAAGGCUAUGGAGUCUCAAAGCCCGAAAACCCUCAAAGCAAGCAAUUUUCAAAAUUCCCUUUUUUCUUUAACAAUCUUCGCAGUGCUUGUCUAAUCGCCCGAUCUUCUUCUUCUUUUUCUUCGCGGUGCCUAAAGCCCAAUUUUGUGUUCAUACCUAACAGAGUCUGUGUGUAUUAAUAUGGUGCUGGAUGAAUGCAGUGUUGACUCAUGCUGUUUGGUACUGUAUAAUUAAUUAUGGUGAACAGGAAUCUCUCUCUGUGAUGGCACAUUUUAUGGGGCGGCAUUAAAUUUACAUUUUCGUCACCACUAACUGCUUCUCACCUUAUUCCGUUUGAGCCACUUUCUCGGUUCUACAGGAUUUGUCUCCUUUUUUUUGGCGUUUCGUAAUUUCCACGGAUUUUUGGGGAGAAGAUAAUUUUGAGGAAUUUGAUCGAAGCGAGAAUGCUUACAUGCGUACGUUCGAAGGAAGCGAGCGAUGAGUUGCCGCCCGUUGAUCGUGUUCUUCACCAUCAUCAAUCCGACGAGAAACUCAACCCCAACGCCGGCGUCAACAAACACGCCAUCAAAGCACUCUCCUCUCAGAUCAAGGACAUGGCGUUGAAGGCGUCGGGUGCUUACCGCCACUGCGUGCCAAUUUCCGAGCACCGGAGGAACGGGAGCUGCGGAGGCGGCGUUACCGGUGGCGAGAUGGAUUCGAAUUCGAUUGCUUUGGAGAAGUUCCGAUGGUCGUACCGUCGAACUGGAAGCUCGACGUGGGGGCGGAGGGAGCUGGAGGCGAGGCUGAAGGGAAUUUCCAGCGGGGAGAGGACGCCGGCGUCGGCAAGCGGACGGCGAGUCGAGCCCGUCGUGUUCGUCGAGGAGAACGAGCCGAAGGAGUGGGUGGCUCAGGUGGAAGCCGGUGUGCUAAUUACCUUUUUGUCCUUACCGCGCGGAGGCAAUGAUCUCAAGCGGAUUCGAUUCAGCCGAGACAUGUUCAACAAAUGGCAAGCUCAGAGGUGGUGGGCUGAGAACUCUGAGAAAGUGAUGGAGCUUUACAACGUGCAAAGAUUCAGUCCUGGUUCCAUUCCUCUUCCAGCAACUCCAAGAUCUGAAGAUGAUACCAGUUCAAAGAUUGGAUCUAUUGGGGACAGUCCUGCAACACCGUCACUUGGUAGAGAACCGCUUCCUCAUACGAUAAAUCGACCAAAUGGAACAGGGGUGGCGUACUCCUCAUCUGAUUCCCUAGACCUUCAGUCGAUGAAUUCCCGGUCUAACUAUGAUUCUUGUGGCAUCGCCUCAACUCCCAAGCUCUCAAACAUCAGCGGUGGCACCAAGACAGAAACAUCCUCAAUGAAUGCCUCCAUGAGGACUAGCUCCUCCAGAGAUGCUGAUCGCUCUGAAGAUAUAUCUGUCAGCAAUGCCAGUGAUUUGGAGAGCGAGUGGGUCGAGCAGGAUGAGCCCGGUGUGUACAUCACCAUCCGGGCUCUGCCUGACGGUAAGAGAGAACUCAGGCGUGUGAGGUUCAGUCGAGAGCAAUUCGGGGAGAUACAUGCUAAAUUGUGGUGGGAAGAGAAUCGAGCAAGGGUACACAAACAAUACUUGUGAUCAUCCUGCACAUCCAAAGCAUCUGAAUGCUCAGAUAUGCUUCAUUAUUUCCCAAUGGCCGAGGGAGGUCCUCUUGACUACCAAAGUGGGUAAGUAUUAGCUAUUUUGAGAAGCCACAGAUUAGUAUAUUACCAAGGGGAGAAGAGAACUAGAGUGAGUACUCAAUUAAAUUCUGGGCUUCUUUAUGUUUGUAUAUGUAUGCAUGCUUGUAUUUUGGGGAUUCUUGAAUAUGGAUUUACACCCUACAUGGCUACAUUUGCUCUAGAGGUACACCACAUUUUAACUCUCCUUCAAUGCAAUAAUUGAGAAUCUAUAGGUA